UGCACAAUAAUAGAUGACGUUUUUCUCACUUCCGUUGCAAAGGAAGCUUACUUCUAACUAAAACAUCUUCUUAUCAGAUUUUGUGUAACAAUGAGUAACUCGGUACUGAAUCUAAGAUGUAAAACCAAGACUGGACAGCACAGUUUAACAGGACUGAAAUUAUCCUCUAAUGUAGGACAGCUCAAAGAUAGAAUAUCAGAACUGACUAAAAUUCCUAAGGAAUACAUAAGAGUUAGACAGAGUUAUCCUCCCAAAUCUAUUGAUCUGUCAAAGGAAGACUUAUUAUUAUCUUCACUACCAUUCAGGUCUGGGGACACACUUAUUGUGGAAGAAGAGAGAGUUGUUAGAAAUACAUUGCAGAAAAACAUUGGUGAUGUAAUGCAGGACCAGAAUUUGAUGGGAAGAGGGGUUUUAAUGAGAAAAGUUGUACCUGCUAAUAACUCCUGUUUGUUUACAAGCAUUAAUGCUGUCAUGAAUGGUGGAAAAAUUGAUUUAGAUUAUGCACCAUCUAUUAGGCAACUUAUAGCUGGGGUUGUGAUGAGCGAUCCACAGACAUACUCUGAUGUGUUCCUUGGAAGAUCUAAUUCUAGUUAUUGUAAAUGGAUUAUGAAGGAUGAUACAUGGGGUGGUGCUAUAGAAAUUUCAAUACUAUCCAAGUAUUAUGAUGUAGAAAUUGAUGUUGUGGAUACUCAAAGUUGUAGAAUAGAUAGAUUUGGAGAGGAUCUCCAUUACGACCAGCGUGUUCUUAUUAUAUAUGAUGGUGUUCAUUAUGACCCUCUUGUGUUGGAACCAUUCGACUCAUCUUUACCAGUUCAAACAAUUUUUCCUGCAGACAAUGCAUCAGUUCUUGCACAGGCACAAGAAAUUGCCACUGAAGCUAGACAGGCCAGACAAUAUACUGAUGUGACAAAUUUUUCUAUCAAAUGUUUGAUCUGUCAGAGAAUGUUCACCGGGCAGAGUGAGGCUCAAAAGCAUGCGAAAGCUUCAGGACAUGUUAGCUUUGGUGAAGUUAAAUGAUAUUUGUAUGAUUUAUAAUAGUUAUUGAGUUACCAACAGUAUUACUAUCCAGUUAUAGGUAUAACAUAUCUGUCAGGGGAUCCACCUGUGCAAGUCAGAAUCUUACUUGUUCAAGUUACUUAUUUCAAAUUCACCCUAAAUUUUACAAGAAAGAUAAAAGGUACUUGUAAAGGUUAUACCUAUGAAUUACAACUCAGAAAACAAUAUUAAUCUUUUGAAUUCUACUCUUUAAUACUAUAGAAGUACAAUUUCAUGGACAAUGUCUGUAAUUUUUAAAAUACUGCCUAUUUCAAAUUUCCAGUUUUUAAGACCUUGCCUGAAAACAUCUGUGCAUACAGUAGUAGAGUUCUUUCUUGAGAGAAAAUUUUGAAUUCUUAUUUAAAAUAUAUUACAUGCAAACCAGGAAAAAAUGCAUGAGGCAUGUUUUGACCUCUCAAAAUUUGAAUAUCACCUUUAUAAGUAAAUUUUUGGAGAAGUGUAAGGGGAGAUUAUUCAAAAAGUUCACUUAUACAUGUAAAUAUUACUUACAUGUACAUCUUCAAUUAUAUAAAACUAAGACACCUGACUACCAAAGAGAAGGUAACUCUAAUUAUAAUAUCCUACUGGGACAGGUGAGAAAAUAUACCAUUGGGUAAAGAGAGAUAACUCCUGUUGAUUUAAUUCAGGUCUGAUUGUGAAGGUCCCAUGACUGAAUGUGCAGCACUCAGGAGAUGUAAUAACACAUGUAACAUAAAGUUGUUUUGUCACAACAGGACAAGCAAUUGUUAUAGCAGAAAACCUCAUUUCCUUAUUAAAAACAGUUCUUCUAAUAUUUCUACUUGAAAGAAAAUUGGUUUAGGCUUGUAUUAAUUCUUGUCUCAUCUGUGCCAAACUUGUUGCUUGCAGCUAUUUUACAGUUAACAGUUGUUAAAGUUUGUGAUUAGUUUACUUAGGCAACUGGCAAGACAUAUCUGUGUUACCACAUACCAAUGUAAGUUAUCUUCCAAAGCACAAACCUGUUAUAAAACUAAAGUUUUGUUUAUUUUCAAGUGGUCUGAAAUUAAAUUUUAUAGAGAAUACCUAUGCUUAUUAAAACAAAUCUCUCUAAAUAAUAUAAAUUUUAUUUUUGUGCUGUAAACAUUUGUAUUACCAGGUAUUUAAUUAUAUAACUUAGGGUUGAACAAUUAAUGGAUGUCAUUUUUGACAAAAUCUAUUUAUGUAAAUGUUAAAUGUUUAGAUUUAUGUGUUAUACAUGUAUAUAUAUAUAUAUCGUAGUUCUUAAAUGUAAGCAUAUUGUAGAUUCACUAGGAUUCUUUGUCCCUUCCUCCCCUGAUAAUGUCAUAUGUAAAAUUGUAUCUUGUUAAGUUGAUAAAUGAAACAAAAAUGUAUGUCAGUAUCCUACUUUAAGUGCCUGUGGGAGUCAAUUACAUCAUCUAUGUACAUUAAGAAUAUUGAUACACAAAAUUUUAUUACUGUCCUGACAACUGAACUCGGACAUUUAUAUAAUUUUUGAUGAGAGGCUGUUAAAUUUUUCAUUUAGUUGUAUGCAUGAUUAUAAAAAGUCUAAGAAAUAAAUAUAACUUUAGUCACUAAAGCAUGAAAUGUAGGUCAGAGCAAUCUAUUUUUUUUGAAAGUUUAUCUCUACAUGCCUCUUUACAUUAAGUUGUAUAAUUGUAAGUAUCUU